AUGGAUAUAACACCAAUUCCACUUCCAUACGGAAAAAACUAUCAGAUAUUUUUAUCGUUUUGUCAUGAGGAUGAGGAAGUUGCACUCUCGUUGUUAAAUGAGUUAGAAGAAAAAUAUCAACUGAAAUGUCUAUGUCACGUGAGAGACUUCACUCCUGGGGUUACAGUGAUGGACAAUAUUCUAAAUGGUAUCGAAAAAAGCAUGAAAAUUGUCUAUCUUGUAUCCGAAAGUUUUAAACAAAAUCAGUGGUGCAGUUCUGAAAUUUUAUAUGGAAUCACGGCUUCACAUAAACAGUGCGAGAAUAGCAUGAUUCCAGUUUUACUUGAGAAAACAGAAAUGCCGAGAGAAUUACAAACCAUUAACUAUGUUGAUGCAACAAUUGAUGGAACAGAUAUCGCCAGUAAAAUACACGAAGCCUGUGUUUUUGGAGCGUCUGACACAUGCAUUUUACCAAACGUAAUCUCCUUUCAAGGAUUACGUAACGGAUCCGUAUUACGUGUUAUACGGAGGAUUAAAGUGUGGGACUAUGGUAUUCCAAAAAUCACUUUUUCAGAAGACACAGAUAAGCGUUCGAAUAUAUCAGAUCAACUUAGAUCCCAAAAGAUUGACACAUUGUGCUGUAAAAUCUUAGAUGAAGUGAAUUCCAGCAAAUUCAAGAGAUGGUAUUUUCUCCACGAUCCUAUAUUCUUUCGCCUUCUGUGGUGUUUUGCCGUUCUGGGAGCGUCAUCUAUGUCUUUGAUUCCAUUGCUGUUAUAUCUUGUCAUUGAGGGUGAUAUCACAGAGGGAAGUUUGGGGGGAUUGUGUACGGUGCUUAUUGUUGUUCCCAUUAUCACAGUAACUAUCAUUAUUGGAUGUUACGCUAAGUAUAACAAAAAGGGAGAGAAAGAAAUAGACGAUAUUGUUUGGCAAUAUUUGAUUCAAUACUUCCAAACACUGAACGUCCUGCCAGUUAUGAAUAUUGCAGGAGAAAUCGGUCUACGAAAUUAUGAUACAGAUCCAUGCAAGAAAUUUUGUAUAUUCGCCCUGAAGCGGCAUUAUGAUGAUGAGGAAACGAUUAAGAAAAAAGCACAUGACCUCAUCAUCAACUUUAUAAAUAGGAAUCGGACAGCACUGGCUUCUUGGAUAACCCUGGAAGAGUUUAAGUACAAUCGACAUAAUACAUAUCUUCAUAGAAAGUGCAUUUGUCAAUAUCUAGAGCCAUCCAUUGUAUAAGGAUCCACUGAUUGCAAACAGUAGUUCAUACUUCUGAAAGAAAACAGGAUUACACAGAAGACACAUGUACACUGAUUUUGCCUUCUUGUUGUUGUUAUAUUGUAUGAUGAAUUAAUUAUUCCCCAAUCAUGAUAUAGUGUAGUGUAUGAGAUUGAUCUGCAGUUGGGUUGAUAAAAAUACACUAUAUGAAAGUUGUGACCUAGUCUUUGAAUGGUAUCUGGAUUUUUUCUGAAAUCUUAUGUGUCUCUUUAUGGUGAUAUAUUAUUGCAGCAUUCUCAAUAAACGAAUUUUGUUUUUGGCAACUUAAAUCGUCUUAUCAACGUCUACAAAACGAAUAAAAUAUAAUGUUACAGUUAGAAUGAUAAAUUUUGCAAAUCACUUCAAAUGCUCAUAAUGUAAAACUUAUACGGUACCAAUUUUGAUGCACCAGAUGUGCAUUUCGACAAAUAAUGUCUCUUCAGUGAUGCUCAACCGAAAUGCGUGUAUUUACGUAUUAAUGUAGAAAAGUACCAAACACAGUACUUUGAAAAUAAUAUAUGAUGAGACAUAUAUGGCUGUGUAUAUCACUAUGUAUGUUUUGGACUUUGUUAUUCGAACUUUUCAGUUUCAGUUUCACUUAUCACUCCGUGUAGUAUACUAUGUUGGUUUUUUUAUAUAUAUUACGGCAUAUACAGUGUAUUCCGAUCACGUUACCAUUUGUAGUACAGAAGUAGACAGUAGAUUUUAAUUUAAUUUAUUCCCCAGUGUGCUUUUCAUAACAUGUACUUUAUAUUGACAUAUUCUGGACAAAGGUUACCUCCCUACAAUGAUAUAAUAGACAAGUGUUGUAGCGUAUUUUACAACAAUGAUUAAACGAAUACAUGUAUAUAGCCAUGGUUUGAAAUGUGUUUGAUACAGGAUAAAAUUGUCUAUACUUGUG